GUGAAGGUAUACAAUUUCAAUUUUCUACUACCGGCCCAGAAGGAAAAAUUACACCAUCUGAUAUAUUUUUUACUAUAAUUGAUGAUAAUGCAUCAUAUGUGAUGCAUGGACGUCUCAGUCAAAAGUUCCGUGCAUCACAUAUGAUGCACCGGACACUCAACGUGUUAAUAAUAAUUUGUUAGGUUGUUAGGUAUUCAAAAUACAGUGCAAUCCGUCUAUAGUGAACCUUUAGGAGACGUGAAAUUAGUGGGAAGAAGUAUUUUAAAUUAAAUUUUUUUUCCACUUUUUAGCAACUAAAACUACAUUUAAAAAAAUCAGUACGAGUAAAAGAAGUAAAAUGAAUAGAAAAACACCUAGUGGUACCGCAAAACGAAAAAUUAACAAAGAAAAAGAAGCAAAGCGUGAAUCUUUAAGGGCUCCCCACCCCUCAAAAAAAGCAUUUUUCAACAAAAAACUCGAUUUGGACAUUUAUGCAUAGUUGUAUAGCCCAAUAUAUCUGCUUUCGAAUGCACUAUGAUUUAUUGAUUCUACGAUGAUUUUUGAGGGUUUUACAGCGGUUUUUCUAAGGCACAUCAAAAACUGAUUGAUUUUUAUGGUUUUUACGUGGGAAUAACGCUUACAUAUGGCAAAAAGUACGUCGCACAUGUGUCUACAUGUGCUCAUUCGAUUCGCCAUAGCCGAUAACCUAUGACGAACUGCUCUCAGACUUUUUCCUGUACCACUUUCCAAAAAAAAUCGCGAUAAUCAAAGGAGAAACUUGUUUUGCGCUUUUAUCGAAACUGGUUUUUUUGUUUUACCUGAUUGUGCGUCAAAGAUUUCUCCGCCAUUUUAAAUGUUAGAAAGCUCGGGAAGGUUUUAAAAUGAAGGUAAAUAUCGGUGCUACAACCUAACAAAGCCGAAAUUUUUGUUUUCAAUUUAUUUGUUUACAAAAAACUCGCGUUUUCUAAAAAAUUAAUCUAGGUUUUUCGAAAAAACUGUCUAAAAAAUUUAAUUUUUUUUUCUCAAAAAUCCGGCUUUGUUAGGUUGUAGGGGCAGGUCUUCUGUACAUUUUGACACCACCCCGAGGUCCGUAUCAUUAAAAUUGAAAACAAAAUCUUUGAUACAUGGCACCUACUUUUUGACCCUUGAUGUUACAAUAACUCGCGAAAAACUCAAUGUUAUGAGCUCAAAUUUUUACUGAGAACUAUCAAUGGUCAGAUACAUACUCAAUAAAAAUCUCAGUAAGAUUGGGUGUUCUGGGAAAAAAAAUUUUUAGAGGGGAGGGGGGCCCUUAAUAUCAAAGAUUUCUAAAAUAGACACAUUCUUAAAAACUCAAAGCAACACAAACUCUACCCAUGGGGAAAUUUUAGUAGGUACACGCGUGAAUAUCGUGAAAUGAAUUGUGGUCGCACGUGAACAUCAUAAAAUGGUGUGUGAGCACGCGUGAAAAAUAUAUUCCACUUGUGACAAUGGGUGAACUGGUCACGAAAACGUUUCGCGUCAUAUUUUUUGUACGUGAUCAUAGGUGAAAGUCGUGAAGUGUGUAGUGGCCACAUGUGAAUUUCUCAUGUUAAAAUUUCCGUAAAAAAUAUCACUUGCGGACACGCAUGAAAAUGUUUCCUACUAAUUUCAUUGUGAAAAAUAUCUUCACAUUUAUUCGCAUGUCAGUGUUUCACGCAACCCAUUUUGUAAAUAAUAUUCACGCUUAACCCCAAGCGACAAAAUUCUUACGUUUCACGCGCUUCCACGUGAGAAAUCUUUUACAGGUGUGAAAUGUCGUGAAGAUUGAGCGGCAAGCAUAAAUACAAAUUUCUCUUAUAUCUUUCGAAAGUUGUACAUACAUACAGAUGAAAAUCUUUGCUGUAGACCGAAGGUAUUUGCUGUAGAAAUAUGCCUGGGAAUCAUCUUGUUCUCGGGGAGGAAGUAUUAACUAAAAAAGUUGGAAAAAGUUGGAAAUUAAGAAAAAAGAUUUAGGAAGUUUACGAGUAAUCACGCGUGGGAACUUUUUUACACGUGAUAACUCGUGAGGAUUGAUUCGACAAGUAUGAAUAUGAGAUUUAUUCAGUAGUUUCUCAGGCAAGUUAGCUGAAUAGUAGUAUCGUAGAUUUCUAAUUCAAAGUACCCGGGUUCGACUCUUACUUUGCGGUGAUAUAUAUAAAAUGUGAUAAUUUAGAAACUAAUGGUCACACGUGCAAAAAGUUAUAGAUGAAGUUGCAUUGAUGAAAUCUGCAUUAUACCUUGAUCAUGGUGACCAUGUAUAGUCAGUUGACUAUAGAUGGUCGGCAUGGUCAAGAUUUUUUCACACGUAAUCACGCGUGAAGAUUGUUCAUUUGUGUACACGUGUGAAGAUUUUUCACGCGUAGCCACGCGUGUGAUGUUGCAACAACACGACCAAACUGUCGUGAAACUUGCUGUCUUUACCUACAAAAUUUCUUGAAAGUCCAAGCUGAUAUUUCACGAUCCCUCACGCGUGAAAAGUCGAUAAAAUUUCCCAUGGGUACUGUUUUAACUAAUACUGACAUCAAUACUGCAAGUACCAGUGCAGCUACUGAAAUUAAAGAUGUAGAAGAUAAUGAAAAUAUUCAUGAAUUUCACGACCAGGAACACAGCAUAUCCAUUACCGACUUAGACUCUGAUAGUAGCAGUAUCAUCAGUGAUAAAGAUGAUAAUCCUGUGACAAAUGAAAAUAUUGCUAGAGAAGCUAUAACAAAUGACACUAUAGAAUAUGGAGACUCCAACACAUGGUCAAUUAUUUUGAAUGAAAAAACAAUUGAUGAUAUAAUAAAGAACCUUCCGGUGACUCCAAAUGAUUUAGCCGAAAGUCCAUAUGAGCUCGUCUACUGGAAACGGUACACAGAAAUUCGUGAUUUAUAUGAGAUACUUCAUCGUUAUCAUAUAGCUGUAUAUCGUCCUGGAAAAUUUCCACCAUUUCCUGAAAAAUCUCGUUUUAAUGAAAAAUUUAAACCAAGUGUGAUAGAAGAAAGACGUUUAGCAACAAGAGAAUUUUUAAAUUUUGCUCUAGAACGAUUACAUUUACGUACUCAUGACGCAUACAAAAAUUUCUUUCAGAACGGUGAAAAAGUUUUGUUAUCUGAUCAAACUAGUUCAAUCAUUCAACCAACACGUAUAUGGACGCCGAAUUUAAAUGAACAACAACAAGAACAGCAACAAUCAGAAUCAUUUCCCACUGUAGAAAAGAAAACGAUUGUUGAUGAACACAUAGUUGGUCAAUCACAACCAACACCAAGCGAUGUUCUCAUCGAUAUCGAUGAUGAUCAACUCGAGAAACUAACUAAAAAGUCAGAAAAAAUAAUUGAUGAUUUAGCCGAUUUACAAUUUGAUCAACAAGUGCAAUUAAAAGAAGAACAAGAUGAAUUUAUAAGUGUUGAAAACAGUAUUGAUGAAGCGAUGAGUUUACUUGUAACAGCAUCUAAAAAUGACAAACAAAAAUAUUCGUAUAAUACAAUUAGUGUCGUUUUAUUUACAGAAAUAGUCAAAUUAAUUGCAGCCAUUUUUCUUUAUAGAAAAAAUCAUAGUUUUGUUCAAAUGAAAAAAGAAGUUACAGAGAAUAAAAUGUUAAUUGUUCUCUAUUUUGUUCCAAGUAUUAUGUAUUGUUUAUAUAAUAAUUUGGCAUUUGUUAAUUUAUCGGCAUACGAUCCUACCACCUAUUUUCUUCUACUACAAUUUCGUGUUGUUGUUACUGGAGUCAUAUUUCAAUGUUUAUUUCAUAAACGUUUAACUCGUAUGCAAUGGUUAUCACUCGUUCUGUUAACAUGUGGAUGCAUUAUAAAACAAUUAGAAUAUGCAAAUAAAUCGACGGAUAGCUCUUCUAUCAAAUCAACAAUAUCUCCUAAUUCUGUUACAUCAGAUACAUUAUUACAAGAUCGUGAUCUUUUAUCUUACACUCAAAAGUUUUCAUUUUUAAAUAUAAAUUUAUUAUUUAUAUUAAUUCAGGUUUUUUGUUCAUGUUUUGCUGGUGUUUAUAAUGAAUAUCUAUUAAAAGAUCGAGGAGUAAAUAUUGAUAUUAUGUUACAAAAUAUCUACAUGUAUGCAGAUUCAAUAUUAUGUAAUUUUGUAUUGUUAGCACAUUUCGAUCAACAAGAACCUAAUAUAGCUUUAAACGAUAAACUGACAACAACAUUCUCAAUAAUAUUUCAAAAACAACCACUUAUAUUUUUAAUUAUAUUGAACAAUGCUUGUAUUGGCAUUGUAACAAGUCUAUUUUUAAAAGCAAUGGAUGCUAUAUUGAAAACGUUUGCAUCUGCUUUAGAAUUAUUAUUUACGGGGCUAUUAGCAUGGCUGUUAUUCUCUAUACCGAUCAGUUUUUAUACAUUUAUUGCCAUAUUAGUUGUAGCAUGUAGCAUUUAUUUAUAUUCGUUGAAUCCUGUUCAUAAUCCACCAAAAAUGCUCAAUAGUGGUGAAUUACCAUUAUCAAAUUCAACAAUAAUGAUUAAUGAACAAGAAAAAAAAUUUGUUGUUUAA